UGCUUUGUUGUUGUGAUAAUGGUGAUUGAUAUCAGAUAAUAAUUAGUUUUCUUGGUUUUGCCUCGACCAAAUUGUCAAUCAUCAGCCCGGCAGGAAUCGCAAAUUUUCUCGUUCAUGGUUUGCCAAUUAGUAAUUCGCCGUGUACGUGAAUUGAUGGUCUCUAUCACGCUUCGUUAGAAUCCGAUUUCCUCAAUUCCUUCCUCGUCACCGUCACCCGUCAACCGUGUUGUCGUGUCCCCGUGUCAAAUUGUUCUUCGCUGAUAAGAGCUAAAGUAGCAACCAACAUGGGUCUUCAACCGUCGACAGAUCUUUCUCGCUUUACUUUUAACUCAUUUCAUAAUUAGUACGGCAAGUGUCAUCACCCAUCCCUGCUAAAUGACUCACAGGGUGUAGUGGCCCCCUUCCAACUUCCAUCUGUGUACACUAACUGCGGAGCCCAUUUCAACCCUAACUUAAGUACUGUUCUCCACCAGGCAGCUGCGUGCCGUUGGAAAUUGAUUGUGGAACGGAGGAAAUUGCCUGGAGUGUUGAACCAUGUUUGCAGAAAUGAAGAAUAAGAUACGGGAGAAGGCAGGUGGUGAACUUCCUAAGCUACCUAGUCCAGCCACUGCAUUGCGCCGACACUCACGCCAGAGCUCUGCAAGUAGUGUUAGCAGCCUUAUGCAAGAAACCCCUGAUAAAUCUAGUUCAGAGUACAAUGGCACACGAGACAGCUUUGGAUGGAAUGGUGCUAAAAACAAGCUUCCAAAAGGUACAGAGGAGAGUAGACAAACAUCAAAUGGUUCUGAUGAAGAUGCUCGGUGGCGUAAAAAGGAACAGACAUACGUCGAUGACUUGCUCAAACAGACUAGAGAACUUCAGGCUGCUCUCAAGAAGCUUGAAGAAUAUGAAUCAAAAUUCAACUCACUGGCAGAAGAAAAGGAUCAGCUAGAGAACUUCCAAACACAGGAAAUAGCGAAGAUUAAGCAUUUGUUGCUAGCAAAGGAGAAUGAGAACAAUUCGAAUGUAGCACAAUUGAAGGAAAAUCAAGCUCUAAUAGAUUCUUUAAAGGCUGAAGUUAGCAGACUGAGACCAUUUGAAGAUCGAGUCAGUAGUUUAGAGGAUGAUAUGGAAAUUUUACGUCAUACAUCAGAACGUGAGCGCUGGCAGUUGUCUUCCAAACUGGCACAAAAUGAAGAAGAAAUCUCUCAUCUAAAGGAGCGGGUGGCUGUUCUGAGUCGUCGAGCGCAGGCAGAGUGUCAAGCACUUGGAGCUCAGCUCACUGUUGAUGAAAGAAUCCAAAGUCUGUUGGGCGAGCGCUCCUUGCUUGAGCGCAGGUUGGAGGAGGCUCACAUUCACUUGUCAGAAAUUAAAACAACGUGGAGCGAAAAGAUUUCAUCUCUGGAGACUCAGGUGGAGCGUCUCGGGCGCCAAGCUGUAGAGGAAGGCUGUGAGCGUAGAAAAACAGAGGCACGGAUCGAAGAACUUGAAAGGCGAUUACGAGAGACGCAAGAGGAAAAAGAGACGCUCUCUAAGAAGUUUGAUGAACUGAGUGCAGAAAAAGUCAAGUGUGAAGAAGAGCUCAAAGUUUUAGAACAGCAGAUCGCUGCACUGUCGGCAGACAAAUCUGGGCUAGCUUCACGGUUAGCCGAAUCAACAAGUGCCCUUUCAGCAGCAGAAGCAAGCAAUAAGGAGCUACGUGCGGAGUUGGCUGUGUUUCGAGAAACUCUCAUUCGUGAGCGGAAGGCAGCAGAAGAGGCAAAACGGGUGCUAGAGCGGGAGAGGACAGAGAAAGAUGAAGCGCUCAUGCGAAGCGCUGAAAUGUCAAUGAAAGCGCAGCUCGCAGAAAAUGCGCUCAAAGCCCUCAGGCUAGAGAACCAGGAAAAUGCCCAGAAGAUCCUGGAUGAGCAGAAGUCGGAAGAUGAGAAAAGUAUACAAGCCAAUGAACUAAAUUCUAAACUUGUCGAUCUAGAAAAUCAACUAGUAGAGAAAAAUAAGACAAUCCGAGUAUUGCAGCAACGAAUGAGUGACUUGAAGAAAAUGCUUCAAAAAGAGGUUGUGAAUAGUGGCGAAUCAAAUUGUGUGUCUCGGCUUCCGCUAGAUGAGGAUAUCAAUCUGAAAUAUUUGAAGCAUGUUGUGAUCAAAUUCCUCACCUGCAGAGACUAUGAGGCGCAGCAUUUGACGCGGGCUGUUGCAACAUUACUGCGGAUGUCAGCCGAUGAAGAGCGAUUGUUACGAGAAACAGUGGACUGGCGCAUGUCGUGGUUUGGCUCAAGACCUCAACUUCCACCUUUGCAACGGUGAUUGCUCCCUCAGCUAUUUUUGGCCAAUUGGCCAUCAGAAUAAGGACUAACAUUUCAAGUCGGGAACUGUCCUUUAUCAAGGUCAGCAGUAACGUGAUGUUCUACGACAACAAAGGUGACUAAUUCGAUAGAAUUUCAUGCAUCUAGGAAUUCUGAGGGAUGUAAGAGGGAGUCAAAAAGUGAUAGGGAGUGAAGUCUAAAAGAGACCCCUCUUUUUUUACCUUUACACAAAUUCCUGUGUCUUGUUUCCAUCCCUUUACUUCAGCAGCUGCGGCUGAUUGAAGCAUUUUCCAGUUUCCUUGGGUCCCGAAGAAAAGUGGUGCUUGUUGAUUGCUAUGCCAAUGGAUUCUUAUAAGUCUUGUCAUUUCGUAUUCCAAUGAUGUAGAGUCAGUGUUUCAACAGCCAAGUUCUGUCCAGAAAGUUUCAUGUUUUACGGGCGCAAAUUUUAAAAUGUUUCUCAGUUUGUCUUCUCUCAAAAUUAAUACAUCCAUCUAAGUUGAAGCAAAUAUAGGUGAUUUAUUUUGUUUGGAUGCAUCUUUCUUAUUGAUCAUCCAAUUUUCCAAAAGGAAAUUUAUGCAGUGAAGGCAAAAAUGGCUGUAGCAACAAUUUCUAUUGAUCCUAUUUAUGGCUUUAAUCGAAGAUUCUCAUCUGCAUUUUAAUGCAUUACGUAAGUUAGUUUCACACUUCCUAUUUCUAUUUUCUCCCAGAGUGUAGAAUUUCAAAAUCUACAGCUUACCUGAUUCAUGUUUGACGGCCCUCAGCACUGAUCUAUAGGUAGUCAAGUGCAACAUUUCAUUGAAGAUUUUAAGUUUAUAAAAAUAAAAAUACUUAAAGUCUUGUAUUUUUGAGGAUUUAAGUCACAUACAUUUUUGUGAAUUAUGUUCUUUUCACAUCUAAGCAUUUCUGGGCGUGGAAGUUUAAAGUUGGCUUUAAUAAUUGAGUUGAUGUAAUUUUCAACAAGUACUUACCACAGCCCCAAGCUUCAGACAUUCCUAUUUGGUACGUUCCAUUCAUUAUCUUAUCUCAACAUGAAUCUCAAUUUAUGAAGAAAGAGAAAUUUAUUCUAAUAGUAACAAUAAGAGCAAAAAUAAUCAGUAACCUUAUCUUUGAAGUCUCCUAAUAUUUGCACCUCCCUACAAAAAACAAUCUCCUUCUCUGUAAAGGUAGAAUUGUUACCAGAGCUGUAAAAUUGUUCUCCUCCAAAUCAUCCUUCAAAAUGUAUUAAUUUUAAUGCCUUUUUUUCACGAAAAAAAUUAACUUCUUAUUAGAAAAACUGUUCCAAUUUUUUUUUAAGCUAAGAAUCUGAUGACUGUUAUACCAAGACAUGCUACAUUUCUUAAUUUCAUAGGAUUUGUACACAAGGAACAAAAAGGUCAAGGAAAGGCCAAAUUUUAUUUUGAUGGAUGGAAAAUGUCAUUGUCAUAAGGUUAAAACUAAAGUUAUUACAAAUUAGGUAGUUGUAAUUUUGCUCAGCCAUUAAGUUUAAUGGCAGAGAUCUUUAGAUCUCCAGAUACCAGAGACAUAGUAGAUUAGAGAUAUCCUUAAAACUGUUUCUGAUUGACUGAAAAAGAAAAUGUUUCAGAUGCUACUAAGAGGGUAGUGUGGAAUGAAAAAUCUUUAAACACUGAGUAGUUCUCAUAAUCCUUUCCUCUAAAGUUUUAACGUAUGCAUCUUGGCGUAAGAACUAUCAGGUGAAGCAAUGUUAGAAAAUAUUCAUGGCUUCUGUUUCUCUAAUCAUGGUUGAACUAACUGAUUUUUGUAGUGCUCCUGAUCUAGGUCUUAAUGGGUCAUGAUUUAUAAAUAUGUUUAUUUACUAGGAACGAUAAUAUUUAUUUGUUUAUUUUUAUACCUCAGGUUUUUCCUGUUUUCUUUUUUGUAUUUAUUUAUUCAAAGUUGUGCAUUACCCUCUCAUUGCCAAAAACUACGAUUAAAUAAAACUUGUUGCAAAUCUUUAUCAUA